GAGCAAAGAAGUUGGUGCCUGAAAAAGUACCCAUAAUUUUCAAGCCUCGAUAAAUCACGUGGUGUCCGAGGGGUCAUUUUUGCCUUUCGCAGCAUUGCCAUUACCGGAUGACUCCCAUUUCCCCUUCAUCUUGAAAUCGACGUACGUGAGACUGAUCGAAGUCUGCACAUCCCAUCGGUUCUUGCCAUGUCUGAACAUCUUGGAGAAAUCGAGCGACUCCGGCAUGAGCUAGAACAAGCAAAGGCGCGAGAGGAACAGCUCAGGCUCCAGGUCCAAGAGACCACGCUGGGAGAGUAUCUACACGACUGCCACUUUCACAUUUUCAAAGCUCUCCGGAUCGCCGACAAGUCCUUAUCUUCCACUGGACAUGCCACAAGAGUCGAUGACAAGCGCUACCCCAUGUGGCUUCGUCGUUGGAGCGACUUUACCGACCUCCAGCGAGACCAUUUCGACGAGAUCAACAGGGCCUUUGGUGACAAGAGAUUACUUACUCCAUCGAUUGCUACCCGCUAUCAAAAGAAGGUCGCCUGCCGGGCUCCGGUAGCUAUCGAAAAAGACAUCGACAUUUUCGAGAAAGUUGCGAUCGAAUCACCUGUAUGCGAGAUAUUCCAGAAGCUACGGCAGGGCAACGUCGAUCAGACCGGAGAUUCGGAGCAGGGCCAAGAAAUACAGGGGCGCCGACGGCGAUCUGGACCAAGCAAACGAGUCGCGUCCGAGCAGAAAUUCGAGAAGCCAAGCUACCCUGACGGGCUGGGCAUCCGCAAGCACCUGGGAGGUGACCCGAAUUUGGUCUUCGUUUACGACUACAAGGCGGCUCAUAAACUUACGGUCGAAGAUCUCAAGUCAGCUCUUAUCAAGGAGAAGCUAUUUAUGGAGGUCGUUCAACGGGUUAACUUGGAUACAACCAAAACGGAUCCUGAACUAAACGGCCGAGAUAAGGCGGAUAAACAAGUUGCUAUGGCUUUGACACAGGUGUCUGAUUAUAUGGUUCAACGUGGGGUUGCGUAUGGCUAUAUCACAGCCGGCAAAUCCUUAGUUUUCCUUCAUAUCAGACAAGACGAUCUACGGACAUUAUACUAUCACCUUUGUGUGCCAGAUGAAGAAGCGACUGGCCGAAAUAGAGAUUUUAAGGAAUCCUAUACCGCAGUAGCUCAACUAGCAAGCUUCUGCCUCUUGGCUCUUAGAUCCGACGCUCUCCAAGGACCUGCGCUUAACAAAGCUGUCGAGAAAGCAAAAUCAGAACUACAAAUUUGGCCGAAACCUUACAAGGAAGCGGAGGAAUAUGUCAAGGCUGAGAACAUGGAUUCUUCAUCACCGGCGCCAUCAUCGCAGGUAACAGCUGGGUCAUUAUAUGAGGAUGAGGAUGAGUCGAACAUACAACUCACGGCUCGAAAAUUCUCCUUACGAUCAAGAUCGACCUGCCAAGACGCUACGGCGAUUCGAAGAGAUGACGAGGACGAUGACGAGGACGAAGACGACGGCCCCUCCCGAGCUCUGCCAAGAAUGCCGGGAAGCACCGGUGCGAACAAGCGGAAGGAAGGGCCGUCGACCAGCAGCUCCGAGGACGAUAAUCAGGGGACGUCAUCAGACUCUGAUUCUCCACCUACUAGGCAAUACUGUACGCAGGCUUGCUUAUUAGGUCUUAAGAGAGGAUUGGAUCUUGACGAGAAUUGCCCUAACGUGUCCUUACAUCGCACCGCCGCAAGCAGCACUCGACACCCUAUUAACGCUAGCAAACUUACUUCCCUAGUUGGGGAACGGCUACGCCGAAACCCGUAUCGAGACUGCGUCGCACUAGACCCUUACGGUCUCCAAGGCAAAAUUGGGGCGAUAGGGGCACUCUUCAAGGUUGAACUAGCGCAGUAUGGCUACACAUUCGUCGGCAAGGGGACGCAGUCGGUCCAUUUUGAAUAUUUGCAACAUGAGAGCGUGGUUUAUUCGCAGCUUGAAAGGCUUCAAGGCGAGGUGGUCCCGGUGUACCUAGGGAUCAUCAACCUGGCCAGGCCCUGGGGUUAUGUCCUCCCCGGCGGGGCCUGUGUCGUUCACAUGAUGUUGAUGUCGUGGGCCGGCGAGGUGGCAGCGGAUGUAAACGUGCCGGACUUAGCGACGGAGCGGAAGCGCUCGUCGCGAGCCGUGUGGGGCGAGGGGGUGGAUCAUAAUGAUGAGCGCGAGCCUAACAUACUCUGGAACUGGGAGCGCCAGCGCGUUAUGCUCGUCGACUUUAACCUUGCCGCCCUCCGACCAGUCGUCAAACAUAAACGAUUGUCGAAGUUGUCUAAGAUGGGUAAAAAGAGAAAAUCGGAAGAAGAUAUUCUUGAGAUACUUGGCCGGAAACGUGUAAUGAUGGGAGGGGACAGUCAGCAGGGGUUAGGAAUUUCAGGUAGGGGUCAGGAAUAAGUAGAUUAGUUCAUUUCGAGGGGACAGUCAGCAGGGGUUAGUAUUCAAACUACGGCGCCUACUUAAGGUACGUAUUCACUCACAAUAUACUACUUCGGGGUUUAGUAGAGUCUAGGGAAAAGAGAACGUAGUACGGCUAGCUGAAAUAGUAUAUAAUACGCUACGAUUCAUCUAAUCUCAUAGUGCAGUAAUUACGAGUAAUCCACUCCAAGUAUAC